CGCUAAGACAGGAGACAUAUUUGAAUUAUUUGAAAGUAACCUUUACUAUGACAUCUGAAGACGAGACAGCCGCUACCAUGACAACCGAAGAGAAAAUUCAGGCCGAAAUUGAAAAGGCGAAGGGCAUGAAGAUUUCAGAAAUGAAAAUGAAGCUGAUGGCCAAAGGGGUGUUGACUUCACACUUUGUCGAGAAAGAUGAAUUCGUUCGAGCCUAUGCUGAAGCAGUGGUGAAGAGCUCAGAAUCUGGUCUAUCGUCGGGGCUGACAGGUUUUAAAAAUAAUGAUGGCGCUGUCGAAGAGGUCGAGGAUGACGGCGUAGAAGGCAUCACUGAGGGCCUGCCUCAUUACAUUCAACUUCGCGUUGAAAAACUCAAAGAAAUCAAUAAUGAGCGAGACGCGUUAAUGAAAGAGUAUUUAGCGGAACGUGCCGCAAUGGAAGCGAAAUUCCAGAAGCUUUCAGAACCACUCUACGAAAGAAGAAAAGAAGUAGUUUUAGGGCAAAUGGACGAUGAAAUAGCCGCUGCUGGCGAAACAAAAGAAGCCGACGGAGAAGAAAUGGACAAAGGAAUCCCUAUGUUCUGGGCAUGUGCAAUCCAACAAAUGCCAGUUACUCAAGGGAUUGUCUCGGAAGAAGAUAUUGAAUGCUUGGGUCAUCUGGAAGAUAUCAAAUGUAUUAACGACGACAACGGCGAGGGAUUCAGUCUUGAAUUUCAUUUUGCUCCCAACGACUACUUUGAAAAUACGGUUUUGACGAAAAGUUAUGAUGUUCCCAAUUUGCUCCUUGCGGAUGAACCUAUUUUGAAAAAUGUCGAAGGUUGCGAAAUAAAAUGGAAACCAAAUAUAGCAUUGACCCAUGUAGAGGUCACGAAGCAGCAACGCGGGACAGGAAAGAAUGCUGGACAAGUCCGAACGGUCACCAAGAAGGUGCCUCGUGAUUCCUUUUUUAACUUUUUCACGGCACCCUCAAUGCCAAAUUUGGAAACCAUGGACGAGGAAGAAUGUCUUCGUGUGGAGGCUGCAUUCGACGAAGACUAUGACAUUGCUCAAGCUUUCAGAUCGCAUAUUAUUCCGAAGGCGAUCGAAUGGUUUGCUGGUGAUGCCAUGGAAAAAGAACUGGAAGCGGCAAUGGAAGGAAUGGAGUUGAAAGAAUAGUAUUCGUGCCCCAGCGCUGUGGUAAUAGAAGAGCAGGAUGGCA